CGGCAUGAAAAAUGAUCAGGACGAAAAUUUGAUGAUCUGUGAGUCAUUGUGCCAGGCACAUCAGGCGCUGAGCGAUAGACAGCCCGUUGUUUGGUAAAUACGGUAACCAAACACAUCCGAUGUACAUUCAGAUAUGAUGUUAGUUGUUGCUGAGGUGAGAAAGCCGGCAAUGUGACCUCAGGGACAGAAACGGCGACCGUUGGACCGAUUUUAACGUUAGGACCGGACUCAGGAAGAAGAGAAGAUGGCCAGUGGUUUGCUGAAGGGAGCUGUGCUGUUGUUAGUGUCUGUGUUGUCCUGGCUGUGUGUUUACAUGAAGGGGAGGUACACAGUAGAUGUGCAGAGCCUGCCACAGCACCCACGCUCACACCAACCUCCCUAUCCCGGGGGGACGGCAGACAACUUACUAUGGUUCCUUCAGGUGUCAGACAUCCACAUCAGCAGGUUCUAUGACCCACAGAGAGUGACAGACUUAAAGCAGUUCUGUACUGAGAAUGUCGAUGUCUUUAAACCUCCCAUGGUCCUGGUAACUGGUGAUUUGACCGAUGCUAAGACCAUAGACCGGGGAGGGUCCAUGCAGUAUGAGGUGGAGUGGAGGACGUACUACGGUGUGCUGAAGGAGACUAACGUUAUGGAGAGGACAUUGUGGAUGGACAUCAGAGGCAACCAUGAUGCUUUUGAUAUCCCUGCACUGCACAGCAAUAGAAACUUCUUCAGACAGUAUUCCUCCAUGGGGCAGACAGGAAAGAUAUCAUACCACCACGCCCACAAGACUCCGUUUGGAACCUACUCCUUUGUGGCGUUAGACGCUUGCCUCAACCCUGGUCCAAGGAGACCCUUCAACUUCUUCGGCUAUCUUAAUGAGUCUUCCCUAGCCACCCUACAGAGCCUUGCAGAUGAGACAGUCCACAGUAACAUGACUAUCUGGAUGGGGCAUCACCCUACUGCUACAAUCCUGUCUCCUAACCCUGGCAUCAAACAUGUCAUCAGGAAUGGAAUAGCUUACCUGUGUGGCCACCUGCACGACCUGGGCGGGCUGUUUCCUGUCAUGUACUCCAUGCAGGAGGGCGGGACCUUAGAGCUGGAGCUGUCGGACUGGAUGAACAACAGGAGGUAUCGCCUACUUGCUGCUGACCAUGACAUGCUGUCGUUCGUUGAUGUGAAACUCGGGGAGUGGCCAGUGGUGCUGGUGACCAACCCCAAACAUGCCAUGUUUGCAACACCUUCCCAUGAACCUCUGGGGAGGAUACGGCAUUCUACCCACAUCAGGGUGCUGGCAUUCUCCCCAGAUCCCAUAGAGAAGGUGGUAGUGUGGCUGGAUGGUGUGAGGUUCUGUGAGGCCAGUCAUGUGGAGGGACCCUUAUUCACCUGUCCCUGGAACCCUGCAGACUAUGGGACAGGCCUGCACACCAUUGCUGUGGAUGUCUCUGACAGGAAAGGUCGUACCCGGCACCAGGAGCACCCCUUCUCUGUGGACGGCAGCCGGGCUAACAUCUCCUUUGUCCAGACGGUCAUCCUGCAGACAGACUGGCUGGUGUUGAUGAAGCUUGUAUUCGUGCUGGUGUUCACGGCUGGUGUCCUGUCCCUGCCAGUCCUGCGGUACUGCAGCCCUGCCCUGCCCCCAGGUGGGUCCAGCCUGGACAGUGUUGGUGGUGCUGGCUGUGGCUGUUCUCGUUUACUGGAAUUACUGGGAAUAUCAGCUUGGUGUGGCAUGAUGAACAUGAGUAAAGGUGCGUACCCACGCCAGUUUGUACAGAAGUGGCUGUCACGGCUGUCUCUGCUUACCAAGGUGGACCAGCUCUACUACCCGCUGUUCUGCUUCGGUGUCUACAUUCCUAUAGGCCCUUGGUAUGUUGGAGAACUGAUCAGAGGGCACUACGGUGCGCUCUUCAUGCAUGGGACGUACAUAGCCGGUGGCUCCUUGCCGGGGCUAAAAACCUAUGCCUUUGCUUCAGUACAGAUCGCCCUUUUCCAUGUGCCAUUGACAGUCUACCUUGCCAUGCUGCUGGAUAACCAUCUAUGCCACCUCAGCCAUAAAAACAACCAAGCCUCCAACAACCAUGCCAAACCCAGAUACAGGCUGUAUCGGCAGCUCAUCGGGCUCCUGCGACUUCAUGGGUUUGGGGUCUUCUUUCUCAUCUGGCAGUUAUAUUCCAGCUAUUGGGUCCUGGUUGCAUACGGGACCAUGUCGUUUCUAAUAUGUCCCCUGCGUACAUGGUCUCUUCUUCUGGCCGCUUGGCUGAUUUACAAGGUGCGAACGUUGCCAAAGGAGAAAGUCGCCCACCUGGUUAGAUGAUGUACACUGUGUAUCUCAGGGUUUUAAGUUGAAUGAAAUUUAUGUGGAUUAUUUUAGCAGCACAGUGUGAAAGUGAAAAGUUGCAAGUGUUGCAAUGAGAUGUGUGAAAUAUAGCAGUCAUGAAGUCCAGACUUGUGUAGUGGGCUCACUUGCCACAUUAUUAAAGUUGAGCAUGACAGAAGACAGGUGAAUGUGGUGCAAUAUCUUGUCUUACAUGGACCUCCUCACAGUAUAAUCAAGGGUUCAUUACAUUUGAUGAUGAGGUACUGUAAAUUCGCUUAUUUUAAUGGGGACCUAAUUUCAGAGUAGGAAGAAAAAAGAAAAGCUUUUUGCUGAAAUUUGAAUUGUGAUUGAAAUGAUUAUGUUGUGCAGUAGUAAUACAUUGAAAAUGUGUAUUCAUGAUUUCGUGUUGGAGAGCACAAAAACAUUAUGAAGCACUGGCAGUACUUAUAGUACAUUUAUAUUGAAGGACUAGAUAGAAGCAGUCCUAAGACAUACAGUUCCUGUGUCAGAUGUUGAUGUUACAUUGCUGCUGACCACAGAAAGUGCAAACGUUUCAAUCCUUUUUUAAGCCACAUCGUAGCAAAUAUGUGUUAGAUAUGAAAGGUAGUGUAAUGUGUGUGAAAUAGAGUAUUGACAUCUUUUGCAUGAGCAUACAAUUUGGUAGGUUAUUGAUGUUGUCUUUGCAGGUUUUGUGCAUUGUGAACUCUCUGUGACAUGGCAAUGCUAGAUUUGUCUCUGUCCAGCAACACAUCUGAUGGGGAAUAUUGAUGUUGGGUGAAAAGGUCACUUACAAAAACCUGAUUUAUUUGCAUUGGCUUGUAGUCAAACUAAUCUCCAGAACCUGCCCUUCCAUUCCAGGAUGGAAAGUUGCUUGUUUGGAUGAAAAAAAAAUUCACAUUCACUCAGUUUGUCCCAAAAAUCUAACUUCAUGACUCAAAAUUGAUUUAAAAAAUGUUUUCUUGGCUGAAAAUAACCAAUUCAACAGAGCAAAUUAACAAAUAAAUGAGCUCCCAAGCAAUGAUGGGAUUAAAAAAAAUUAAAGCUAGAGACAGUCCUGAUCUACUCAUUUUUUGUUUUCAACGAAAAAUCUCAAAAAGUCAAUCAAGAAGGCUAGAUAGGUGACAAGCUGAAAUGUAGAACUUUGGAACACAGUGCAAGGAAGAGAUGUAUACAUCUGUUAGUUUACAUGUUCACACAUCAUUCCUACACAGUCUUAACUAGACUGGUCAUUUUGGUCAGUAAUACAUUUGUAGAAGCCUGAUGUGUAAACCAAGAUGUAAUAUUUACAUGGGCAAAUACAAAUCAGCCAAAGGGUCACUGAAAGGAACCCUGAGCUUCAGCCAAGUUGAAAUUUGAAUGGACGACUGCUAUAUGUGUCAAAGCCAUUGUUGUCUUGUUGAUGUACUUAUAUAUGUAUAUGUGUCGUGGAAUUAAAGGUAUC